GAGGGGCAGAGCCGCGCCCUCGAGCACCGCCCAGCCCAGCGCGGACCUAACCGAGUCCCAGCACCCGACAGCGGUCUUUCCAGUGAACUCCAGGACGCGCCAUGCUCGCUCUCCGAAGCUCCCUGAGGAAGGUGCUGGCCCCGAGGGCACUGGCGCCACAGGUGUGCUCAUCUUUUGCUACUGGCCCAAGACAAACCGAAGGAACAUUCUAUGAGUUUUGUACUUACUACUUUAAACCCUCGAAGAUGAAAGAGUUCAUGCACAAUUUUAAGCAAAAUGUUCAUCUUCGGACAGCUCACUCUGAAUUGGUUGGCUAUUGGAGGGUAGAAUUUGGAGGCAGAAUAGACCGAGUAUUCCAUAUUUGGAAGUAUGAUAAUUUUGCUCACCGAGCGGCAGUUAGCAAAGCCUUGGCCAAUGAUACAGAGUGGCAAGAACGAUUCCUCAUUCCAAAUUUGGCUUCCAUUGAUAAACAGGAGAGCGAAAUUACCUAUCUGGUACCAUGGUGCAAAAUAGGAACGCCUCCCGAGGAAGGAGUCUAUGAACUCUCUUCUUUUCUUAUGAAACCUGGUGGCCCAGCUCUAUGGGGUGAGGCAUUUCAAAGAGCAGUAAAUGCCCAUGUCAAUCAAGGCUAUUCUAAACUAAUUGGCGUGUUUCAUUCAGAAUAUGGAACACUCAACAGAGUGCACGUUCUGUGGUGGAGCCAGAACGCAGACAGCCGCGCAGCGGGGCGACAUCGGGCUCACGAGGAUCCCAGGGUCGUGUCUGCUGUUCGGGAAAGUGUCAACUACUUAGAUGUUCAGCAGAAUAUGUUCCUAAUCCCUGAGUCGUUUUCCCCAUUGAGAUAGUUUUCUACCAACGGUUUCCUUAACUGCUGUGAGACGCGUCAGCAGACGCUGCUUCAAACCUUCCAUGAGAAUUAUUUCUACUUUCUAUUUCAAUGAAGAGAAUAGCUCUUCUGUAACAGCCCUGGUUCAAAUGAGAUCACAUUUCCAAGCUUGUGACCAAAUUUUUAAAUUAUUAAUAAAUAUGUGAAACUUUUAAAUUUUGUCUUAUUGUCCGAGAUGUUUUGCUUCAGCAGCUUAUUUUAUAAUACAAAAUGGGAUUCAUGUAAGUACUAAAUUUCUUUCACAUGAAAAAUUGUAUAAUCAUCUGUUGUCUGUAUUGUCAGUCACUCACUUAGAAAAUACUAGAUCAGCAUACCGAAAGUCUUGAUGACCCUAGUGUAUAUGCUGAAAUGUUAUUUAUAAUUAAUUUAACUAACACUUAUUUCAUUUUUAUCCUAUUUAACAAAGAUGCUUGAGGUAUCUUAAGAAGUCUAUAGACGUGGAAACAUUCGCCCUAAUAAAAAAAUUACCUCUAUAUUCUAAUACUUUUUACUAGGUUUUAUAUUUUCAUCAUCCUCUUUAAAAUUGAUGUAAUGCAAAGAAAAGGAUACUUUUUGGUCCAUAUUGUAAAUAAGCCUACAUUAAGGAAAUAAACUACUUGUCACAGUUUGGAUCUAGAAUAGCACCCCUCCUGUAGUCUCAUCAGUGGAAGCCUUGAUCAACAAGUAGUAGCAUAUUGGGAGGUGGUAAAAAGCUUAAGAGGUAGGACCUAGAAGGAAGAAAGUACAACUCUGAUCGUGAGCCCUUGAGAGGUGUAUUGGAGCCCUUCGCUGUCUCUGUUUCCUGGUUGCCACAAGGUGAGCAGCUUUCUUCCCCCAUAAUGUACUACCUCAAAGCAGUCCAAACAACCAUGUUAAGCAACCAUACCCUAAAUCCCCCAAACACAUAAAGCCAAAUAAACUUUUCUUCUUCUAACAUUAUUGUUCCCAGGCAUUUCGUCACAGCCAGGUCUUCCCUGUUCCUUGAAGAGUGUAGGAUCAUUUCAUCCCAACUACAAAUGUGUUUAUCCCUCACCAUUUGGAAAGGACUGCCAUAAGUCUCACUUUUGGACAUAGCAGUCCACCCCACUGUACAGAGAGGACAGGCAGUAUCUUACUUGGUUU